AUGAGUCCCCAAGAGAAAACCAACGAUGAAUCCAUUGACGAUGAUGCAGAGCUGUUAGCCUUGGAAAAGAUUCUCAGUGAAGCUGAGCAACAGGAAAAAGCGAAUGAAACAUCUUUGGUAAAGGAAAAUCCAAAACCAACUGCUACAGUACCACGUUUAAAGGAGGAUAGCACAUUUGCCGAUGCCUUUAGCUAUGAAGUGGACACAAAAUUGGCCAAGAAGGCAGCCAAAGAGGCUGAGAGUCGCAUGGAGGAGGUCGACUCAUCGGACGACGAAGAAGUUCGAAAUUUCUUGGAAAGAAAAUACAAUGAAUAUGGUUCGGAUGUUAAUAAGAAAUUGAAGGAGCAGAGCAAAGCCAGCAAGGAGGCUAGAAUUGAAAAAGAGGUAAAUGCCAUGAUCAAAGAAAAGGAAUCGGGUGGCGGUGGAGGAGUAACCAAAGACUCGUUAAAUAUGCAUAUUAAAAAUCCUCAUAAUCCGGUCAAAAGGCAGGCCUUGAUUACCAACACGUUUAAGGCAAAAGUUGAGAAUUCCUCGACAGCUGGAUCAUCUGCAAAGGAGCAGGCCUUCUUGUCCAGUGGCAGCUCGCAGGGUUCUGUGUAUAUGGAUCCGGUAUUUGGUUUGCGUAUUAUUAAUCCUUUGGUCUCCAGUUCUUUGCUGAAGGAGAGAAUGGCUGGGCGGCAACCUGUGGCUUUUUCCGCAAUUGCUUGUCACACACAGAGAGGUGAUCUCUCGAAAGAUUGGGUUAUUGGUGGAGUAUUGACGCACAAGGGUACCACCCAGAAGACCAAAAAAGAUAAACCCUUCUGCAUUUGGCGUCUAAGCGAUUUAAGGGGUGAAAUUAAAACGGUCUCAUUGUUUUUAUUCGGCGGCGCCUAUAAGGAAUUGUGGAAGACAGCCCAAGGGACAUGCCUGGCCGUAUUGAACCCCACUGUUUUUGAAAAACGUGCUGAAAGUACCGAUGUUGCUUGUCUCUCCAUUGACACUGCGGCUAAGGUUAUGAUUUUGGGUCAAUCCAAAGAUUUGGGUGCCUGUAAGGCGGUGAAACGUAACGGCGAAGUUUGCAAUGCCCUCGUGAAUUUGAGUGAAUGUGACACCUGUGUUUUCCAUGUCAAGCAAGAAUUUUCCAAAAUGUCCAAACGGUCAGAGUUACAAUCGGCAAAUGCGGGGCGUGGCUUACAAGAUUUGCGCAAUAAGGUAUUGGGAAAAUCUGAGGUAUUCUAUGGUGGUCAAUCGUAUACCGCUGUUCCAGCUAAAAAGAGUGCCAAAUUGUCUUCGAAAGAUAAUCAAAGGUUAAGUAAUUUAUCGGAAUAUGCCAUCUCACCUUUUGCCGGCAGUGUAAAUCAUGAAUCGAAACCCAAGACGGGGGUGACAACCAUACCCUAUGCCGCACGAGAGGGUCCGGUAUCAAAAAUUGCCGGAAAUGUUGAGGCAUGUCGUAAACAACGUCUCAAAGAUUUGGAACGUUUACAGAUUCUGCAGGCAGAAUCAGCCAGGACAGGAGCAUCAUCACCAUCCACCCCCGGCCCUAGUACACCACAAUCGAAUAAAACCAGGGACUCGAUAUUUAGUAAGCAGCAAACGAGUACACCCUCAGUGGGUAAACAAAUCUCACCCACUUCAUCUUUUUCGGGUUCACCAUCCCCCUCAUUCUCAACGGCUGCUGAUAAGUUUAAAAAUCGUGAAUUCUCCUUCACCACCAAAUCUCCAACCUUGUCCAAAGAUAAUUUUUCCAUAGAGGUGAAUAUUGGCGAUAGGCGGGCCUCCCUGGCCAAACAGAAGGCUCUGGAAAUUCUCAAAAAGAAACCCAUACAAAAGGUGGAUCCCAAUUCUACACGUGGCACGAGGGAGGGUAAACGACGGGCUAUCGAUGAUCUCAAUGAAAAAUUCAUGAGCAAUGAUGCCAAGAAACAGAAGCUCGAUGAAGAGGAGAAGGAAAAGGAACGCAAAAGUCGUAUACAACGUAUUAUGGAUGCCACCUCGUCGCACACCAAUCUCAUCGAUAUGCGUGAACGGGAGGAACAAGAGAAAUACUUUAGUAAGCUGGAAAAGAAGGAGGCGUUGGAAGAGAAAAUGUUAUCGACCUACAAAAUGGCCUGUAAGGCUGUCAUCUGUAAGACCUGCAAAUAUACUGCAUUCUCGGCGGCGGAACGUUGCAAAAAAGAGGGUCAUCCUUUGAAAGUGGUCGAUGCCGAGAAACGUUUCUUCCAAUGUAAAGAUUGUGGUAAUCGUACGGUAUCGGUAUUUCGAUUGCCCAAGACUUGCUGCUCCAAUUGUAAUGGUUCGCGUUGGGAGCGUUGUGCAAUGAUACGUGAACGUAAAGUGGCCACGGGAGCUCAAGAGCUGUCGGUGCGUGGUGAUGAGGAAAUGUUUAUUGGCUCAAUUGCGGGUAAAGCUAAUUUGAAUCUUGCUGUUCCCGAUGAUUAGGUAAUU